AUGAAAAAUAAAACACCAGUAAAAGGGUACCACAUCCGGCCGCGGCCGUGCGCGGCGGCGGGCAGCGACGGCACCUGCAUGUUCGUGUGGGAGUGCCUGCGCGCGGGCGGCAAGCCGCUGGGCGUGUGCGUCGACCACUUCAUGUUCGGCUCCUGCUGCGGCGACGCGCCCGAGGACGACUCCGACGAGGACGACGACGAGGACGAGGACGGCGCGGAGCCCGAGGACAACGCUGUCGAAGACACCGACGAGCUGCUCCGGCCCCUCGCCCCGGCCCCGGCCCUCGCCGUAGCAAUGCACGGCUCUUCUGCGGCGCCGCAUCACCAGCACACGGCGGGCAGCACCCCCGCAGCCAUGUGGGUGCGUCCGCCGCCUCCGCCGCCGCCCCGGCCCGGCGCCCCGCUCGUGGCGCUACUGCUGCUGUGCUCCUCGCUCCGUUGUCGUCGUCGUCGUGACUGGUCGUCGACGCGCGUAUGCCGUGGUGGUAGUUAUGUUGUGUUCGUGUGGUGUCUGGACGGGUUUCGGUCGGUAUGGAUUGUGUUUUCGGGGGGGAUUGCGACAGGGCGGCGGUUCUGGGCCGGCGUGGGCGCUGCCUCGUCAGUACGGCCGUGGCGGGGCCUGGCCGACUAG